GAAAGGCCGAUCCGGCGCCUCUUAUUCAUUCUCACAGUCACACCCAUUGCGCAAAGAAGAGAAAGAGAGAAGGAUGGAAAAGAAGAGAGUGGGCAUAGUGGGGGCGGGAAUCAGUGGUCUGGUGGCGUGCAAGCACGCGUUGGAGAAAGGCUUCUUGCCGACGGUCUUCGAGGCCGAGGCCAGAAUCGGGGGAGUGUGGGCGCGCACGCUGGACUCAACGAAGCUCCAGUCGCCGCGGCCGAUCUACGAGUUCACGGACUUCCCGUGGCCGGCGAGCGUGACGGAGGUGGCGCCGGACCACCGGCAGGUGAUGGACUACCUGCAGUCGUACGCCCGCCACUUCGACCUCCUUAGAUUCAUCGAGUUCAAGGCGAGUGUGGUGGGAGUCGAGUACGUCGGGGCGAAGGAAGAGGAGAUCAUUGCGUGGGAGCUGUGGGCCGGAAAUGGCGACGCGUUCGGCGGCGGCGGGCGGGGGGAGUGGCACGUCGCAGUGCAGAAAGGGGAGGAUGGGUCCACAGAGGCAAGACACCGCAUUAUUACUCUUAACUAAUUCUCCCGUGAACUGAACUGAGAGUGCACGAGUACAUGCAUGCUGCACACAGUCGUAUAUAUGUCCUCGCAGGAACAUCCAAUCGCAGUCCAUCAGACGAAUAGCUGACCAGCUUAGUGAUGAAACCGGGUGAUCUCCAUUUAAAUCCCAAAGUAAAAAGCAUCAACAUAGCAAAAUAAGCACACUAUAAAGAUGAGUUCCAUUCUAUUCAUGCAUAAAUUCCUAGUUGUAGAUAUGAUGAAUAGAUAAUUUAUGCAUUUAUGAUUUUCUUCAAAAUAAUUAAUUUGUACAAUUAUGAAGCCAAAUGCGCCUUUAACUCCAUAUAUCUUUGUUGAAAAAUAGAAAAAAUAGAAGAGAAGGUGGAGACGAAGAUUUAGAGAAAGAAGGAAUACUUCUUUAGGAGCAAAAGAGCCCUUUUUAUUAAUUUUCAUGGACUCUAUUUAAGAAUUAUACAAAUAUAUUUUUCUUUAAUUAGACGAUUGCAU